AUGAGUAUGAAAUAAUAAACAUGACCAUGCUGGUGACCUUAGUAAUAUUGUUUUUGUUAGGUUUUCAUCUUCAUGCAUCUUCAAAUCCUGUUAAAAUUAUCCAUGUUGACAGAAGUGGAGUGAAUCCUGUUGUUAGACGUGGAGGAGGGGGCGGCGGUCAUGGUGGCGGUGGAGGGCAUGGUGGUGGAGGUGGUGGUCAUGGUGGCAUUGGUGGAGGUGGUGGUCAUGGUGGCAUUGGUGGAGGUGGUGGUGAACUUGGUGGUCAUGGUAGUCGUGGUUAUAGAGGAACCGGUGAAGACACAGGACUUGUGAUCCCAGUGUAUGCAAGCGGUCACCGGACGCGUAGAGUGCACCAUGGUCGGAGCCAUGGCGAGCAUAACUCCACUAGUCUUGCCCAAUUGGUUUCUACUGUUUUGGCCUUGGUCCUGUUAUUAACAUAUUGCUGCUAAAGCUUGUAUGACAAAUUAAUUAGCUUUUUUUUUUGUUAAUGAUAUAUAUAUCGUAUGUAUUGUUUUUUUUUUCUUUAAGUUUCUAUAAUAUAAGAGCAUGUUA